GCCUCAGAAGCGCUCCGGCCUCAGCGUUUCUCGGAUUUUGGGGGAGCAGAGGUUGCGAACCCCGGGGUGAUUCUAAGCUGCUUUCACACCAUCUCCAUCACCUUAUGUGGUAUCUAGAGUUAUGCUCAUACUCCCUUUUUCCUGAACAUGGAAAUAACAGAAUGAGAGUAGAAGGGUUUUCUGUAUUGCACACUUAUGGAAGCCCCAAAAUAUUGAGCCCGAAAUGAAUGAUUGUUGUAGAGUCACCCUGGCCAGAACCAGCACAGGGCUGUUUACUCUCACAGGUAAGUUCCAUAAACAUCAAGAGAUGUUUUUUAGAAACUGCAACCAAUUUAGAACAAAAAGUUAAACAGUAUGCUUCUUGCAUAAAGUAUUCCAUCUUUAUUUCAGUUUUUUGGGGAAACUAACUCAAGGUGUAACUACAAUAAGAACUUGAUGACCAAUCCAGCCAGAGUCGUGUUUUGACAUUAGUUUUAAUGAAGGUAGGGGGACCUGUGGCAGACCUGAAUUUGUUUAACCAAUCCUCUGUUUUACUUACAUGUUUAAUUUUCUUGUUUUAAUUCGUCAGAAGGGGGCAUCAAUUGUGAAUUCCUUGACAAAAAGCAGUUGACCUCACUUGGUGAAAAUGCAAGGUGAAGCCCUGGUACUCAUGUCAGAGAUGCACAUGAUCAGUGGAACGUUUCAGUUUUUUACCUUUUUCCAAGAGCAGCAGAAAAUGAACAUUGCUCCGGAAUCAUUGUCAUUCGAGGAUGUUGCUGUGGAGUUCAGCCAGGAGGAGUGGCCGUACCUGGGCCCUGCUCAGAGGGCCCUCUACAGAGAUGUGAUGCUGGAGAACUAUAGUCACCUGGUCUCCGUGGGGUAUUGCAUUACCAAACCCCAGGUGAUCUUCAAGUUGGAGCGAGGUGAAGAGCCCUGGUCCUUAGAGGAAGAAUUCCUAAACCAGAGGUACUCAGGAUAUUACCAAGUUGAUGUGCACAUUGAGGGGAACCAGGAAAAACAAGAGAUACCUCUGUGGCAAGUAAUAUUCAGUGACAGCAAAACAUUGAGUAAUAAAGGGCAGAACGUUUUAGGAAAACCAAUUAAUCUGAGUAUAACUCCAAUUUUUUCAGGAAAAAUGCCCUGUAAAUGUGAUUCAUGUAGAAUGAAUUUGCCACUUGUUUCUGAAUUGAUUGUUAGUGGUAGACACUGUUCAAGAAAGAAGGCUGAUAACAUGAAUGUAUGUGAAAAGUUGCAGCUUGAUAUUAGACAUGAGAAAGCUCAUACUGGAGAGCAGUCCUACAAAUAUACUAAAAAUGUGAAAGCUGUCACUUACAAGAAAGAUCAUCAGAUAUUUCAAAGUCUCGAGCAGCCUUUUGAAUGUAAUGAACUUGGAAAAGUUUCACAUGAUGGGACUAUUGUCUGUGUUACAGCUCAGAGUCGUCUAAUAGGAGAGGAAUCCUGUCAGGAUGAUGAGUUUAGGAAAAACUGUGAGAAAGCAACUGUAUUUAACCAAAUGAUAACUGGCACAAGAGAGAAAUGCUUUGAUAUUAAUGAAUGUGGGAGAUGCUGUGACAAAACCACCAUUGUGGGAUACAGUAAAAUUCACAGGGCUACGACAAACUAUGAAUGUAAUGAAAGUGGAAAUAACUUCAACAGAAAUUCACCCCGCACUCAACUUCAGCGAACUGUCACAAGACAGGGCGCUUUUGAAAGCAGUAAAUGUGAAGAAAACUUGAGCAAGAGCUCAGCGCAUCUAGUACAUCAGAAGACACUAACUGGAGAUAAGUUCUGUGUUUUUAAUGGAUAUACAAAUACCUAUUGCCAGGAAUUAGACCUUACAAUACACCAGAGAACUCAGACAGAAGAGAAAUUCCACGAGAGUGGUAAAUAUGGGGAAUGCUUGUAUCAAAACUCACUUCUCAGUGUACAUCAGGAAAGUGACACAGGAGAAAAGUCAUUUGAAAGUAAUGAAUGCAGGAAAUCUUUUUACAAGAAAGCACACUUCAUUCAACAUGAGAGGACCCGCUCAGGGGAGAAAACGUAUGAAUGUGAGGAAAGCAGGAAAUCCUUUUGUUCCAAUUCACACACUAUUCAUUAUCCUGCUACUCAUUUGGGGGUCAGUCUCUGUGAAUGUAAUGAAUGUAGGAAAACUUUCUGUCAGAUGUCAAACCUCACUGAACAUCUGACAGUUCACACAAAGAAGAAACCUUAUGAUAACAGUGAAUAUGGGAAAUCUUACAAGAAACCCACCCUCUUAGUACAGCAUAGAACACACACAGAGAUGAAACCCUAUGAAAGUAAUAAAUAUGUGAAAUCAUUCUCCAAGACGGCACAGCUCAAAGAACAUCAGAGAAUUCACACAGGAGAAAAACCCUAUGAAUGUACACAAUGUGGGAAACCAUUUGCCCACAAUUCAACUCUCAGAGUACACCAGAGAAUUCACACAGGUGUAAAAUCCUAUGAAUGUAAUGAAUGUGGGAAAACUUUCUCCCAAAAGUCACAUCUUACUGCACACCAGAGAAUUCACACAGGGCAGAAACCUUAUGCGUGUAAUGAAUGUGGGAAAGCUUUUUCCCAAAAUUCAACUCUAAGAGUACACCAGAGAAUUCACACAGGGGAGAAACCCUAUGAAUGUAGUAUAUGUGGGAAACCUUUUGCUCGUAAUUCAAACCUCAGAGCACAUCAGAGAAUUCACACAGGGGAGAAACGUUAUGAAUGUAAUGAAUGUGGGAAAACUUUCUCCCAAAGGACACACCUAUGUGCACAUCAGAGAAUUCACACAGGGGAGAAACCUUAUGGAUGUCAUGAAUGUGGGAAAACUUAUGUCCGUAAGGCAGCCCUUAGAGUACAUCACAACAGAAGGCACCGCAGAGAGAAAAUGCUUUUAUGUAAUGAAUCUGGGAUGUCCUAAAGGAAUUCAUACAACACAGUGGAGUAGUUUAUUGCAUAUAGACUGGCAAAUUGUUUCAACUAUUUUACUUUGUGCUAGGUACAUAACUUGUCUAAAUUUCCCAGUCUACGUGGGUCUGGUCAUGGAAUAUGGUGCUAUUACUUUAAGCUAAGUCUGGCCUUAAAAAGUCACCUUAUAUUGUUCCUGUCUGUGUUAUACUGGAAUGGGGAAAUUUCCAUGGCAGACUUGGGUGCUGUGUAUUGAACAUAGAAGGUUAAAGAAGCUAGAGUCUGAAUAAUUGGGUGCAACAGAAUUCUGCACUAACAGAUCUUCACCGUUUUGUUGUUGUUUUAAGCAACAAUUAAGAUUUUACUCUGUUGAGCUCUUACAGAUUUGGGUCUUUUGGUUAAAUGCAUGCAGUUUAGGCAACUCCCUGUUAGAGUGGUAUGAAAUGUUAUAAAUAUAAUGAAUGUCAGAAGGCCUUUCAGAAUUCAGCCUAUCAUUGUACAUCAGAGACUUCAUAUGAGGAAGAAAACUUCUGUCAAUGUCCUGAAUAAUCAGAAGACUUCAUUAAAAAGAGACAUCUCAGGGAAAAACACAAAAGACAUUACUGCCAGGUGAACUUCAUUAAACAUGAAAUAGAUUAAACUAAAAUCAUGUAUUUUGAUAAUUGUAAUUUUUGAACAUUUACUGAGGUUGCAUCAGAUAACUUUCUGAGGAAAUGUAUCAGUUUCAAAAUUGAAGAUAAAUUCCUCACCUAUAACUGAUGUACCAAAACUUGUGAUUUAUAUGUAAUAUUAAGUUCUAUAGCAAAUACAGAGGAAAAUUUUUAUGCACAAACACUGCGGAAUGUGAAGUUUUAAAGAUGGAAGAAUAACAUGAACUCGGUGGAGAACACCAAUAAAUGUUUGUGACUAGUCUCUGAGCUAUGUGAUACAUCGGUAUGAGUAUGUAACAGAUUUCAUUACUGCUUCUAGUAGAAGGCAGUAGCCAAACCUGCUCUGGACCUGUUUACUUUCCUUUUCUGAGUGACAGUCCAUGUGCUCUUCUGUUGGCUUCCCUCAACUUGAUGUUAGACUUUGGUCUUCCUGCUAUGUCUGAAUAUUGGUCUGGCCCCGUUUUUCUAGGACCUUGUCAAUUCAUGAGAUUUCUCAAGGAUUCUUGUGCGUGUACCUGUGCGUGCGUGUUUGCGUGUGUGUAGUGGAUGGUGAUUCUUACAUGCUCUUUGGCCUUCGUUUUAUGCAUUUAUGGUUCAUUUUGUGAUGAGUAAUUAAAAAGCAAGUCUUUGGGGUGGGGGGUUAUCACUUUGUGAGGGGUGUAAAUGUCCAACUGUUACAUUGUUUUGUAUACCUGAAACUAAUAAAAUAAGUAAAUAAAGUCUUCUU